AUGGCCGACAAGCUCCGCACCCAGCAGCAGCUCGAGCAGCUCCAGGCUCGCUACGUCGGUACCGGUCACGCCGACACGUCGCCCUUCGAAUUCAAGACCAACUACAUGCGCGACUACCGCUCCUCGGUCGUUGGACACCCUGAGUUGCUGCAGCACACCGCCAUCGGCAUGGGCGUCUCGCGCGAGAGGAUCCGCCUCGCGCAGAUCGAGGCCAUGAUCCAGGCUGCUGGCCGCGCUCCUCAGACUCGCAGUGACAAGUACUACGAGGAGCAGCAGGCUGAGCAUGCUAAGAAGAUGGCGACCAAGUGGGCCGAGGACUUCGGCCAGAAGGACAAGUUCACGAGCAUGAAGUUCUUCUCGCAGGGCCCCGACACGGAGGCUCCUGAGGACAAGGGCUCCAAGCAGCUUGUUCGCGAGGACGUCAACAUGGAGGAGGGUCAGGAUGGCAAGGGCCAGGAAUCUUACACCGAGCAUCCUACCUGA